CUCGAAAGUAGGUCAUGCAAAACCCAACAGCGGUAAGGUCUUCUUACCACUACCGCCCCCUUCCGUCCUUCCCCAACCCAAACAUGAACUCCAAAUUCCCCACACCUCCUCUUCCCAUCUCAGCCUUUUUCUUUCUUCUCCUCCUUUUCUCCGUUCCCGCCAUCAGCCAUCCUUCCAACGUUACCUGCGGCGAAGCCAUAUCAAGCUGUGGCAACGUCACCAACAUCACCUACCCAUUUUGGCUCGUCCAUGACGACUCCACUUCCCUCCACUCCCACUGCGGUUACCGAGGCUUCGAGCUGAUUUGCCGGAACAACACCCUGAUCAUCCACCUUCCCGCCGGCAACUACACAGUCACCAACAUCGACUACAAAACCCGUACCAUCUCCCUCGUCGACACCGACAUCGUCUCCGUCCAUGAAGAGUGCCCUCGAGUAAAUCACAACCUCACCUUCGAUCCCGACUCAAUUCUGCGCUACGCUCCCUCCGACGUCAACCUCACCUUCUUCUUCGACUGCAUCGACCCCCCACGGAAUAUCCACAUCCCCUGCCUCGGCUCUGCUGGUGGAAACCGGUCCUAUGUCUUCACGACCGAAACGAUGAGGGAGUCUUAUCACCGUCUUCCUCGGACGUGCCGCGCCGUCGUCGUCGUGCCCGUCCUGCGGGAAGUGCUGACGGCUUAUAUUGCAGACGACUUACCUACCCGAUACGGAGGGGUGUUGCAGAGUGGAUUCAAUUUGAGCUGGCCAAACGUGACCUCCGGCGACUGCGGCAGCUGCGAGCACUCCGGCGGGCGGUGUGGGCUCGACCGAACGAUUAACUCCACCUGGGAUUUCGCCUGCUUCUGCUCCAAUGGAGUAAAGACAUUUCAUCCCCAUUGUGCAGGUAUGUCAGUCAGUAUAUCUUCGUAUUUACUCGUUCUUUUCUACUGCCACUGCUCGAUCUAUUUCAGUGUUUCCUUGCUGGAUUUCUGCCCGCAUGCAGUAGCUCAGCUAAUUGAAGAUAGUCUAAUUGGACAAAUCAUUCACACUAAUUUGACAUCAGUAUUUAUAUAUAUUUUUUUUAUUGUUUGUCAUUGUCAAUUUGUUUUCAUUUUCCCAAAGUUUCUCUCCCUCCCAACACUUACUUGGAUGUGAUACGUGGUUGAAUGUAGUCAAUCUCAUGGAAAAAGCAAAGGAAUCCAUUUUCUCCGGUAGACUGAUAGAGAAGGCCAUUUAUGCGUAGGAAAAAAUGGCUCCGGAACGACUCUUCCAAAACGCGACCUUUGACUUGGCCACACUAAAUAUUAGUAUCUAAUCUCAACACCCCACAAGCAUAUGUAGGUAGUGUCAUGAAUCAUCGACUACCGUAUUCGAAGACUUAGUCCACGAUGUAUGUAUACAAGCAAGCUAUUUGAUCUCAUCGUCAUGCAACAGACAAAUAAAUCCGAACCUCAUCAAUUUCCUCCCAACUUCUAAAGACCCAAAGACACUCUCAACUCCAUGCCUCCACCUCCUCUUGCUUCCUCCGAGCUCUGUGGCAAGAGCCAAAUGCAUCCAGGCUUAGGAUCUCCUAUUCCAUCUAUCCUUUUACUCCUCGCCCUGUCAUCGACUCCACCUUCUUCCUCGGAGAGCUACUAUCGGUAUGCGGAUUGUGCUCCCUACACAUACUCUUGCGGAGGCACUAAGAUCAACAUCAGCUACCCGUUUCGUGUCGACGGCCGUGCCGACUACUGUGGCUACCCGGGAUACUAUGUCGCUUGCAGCAAGAACAAUACUUCCAUGACGAUCGAGAUCGACGGCAAGGGAUACGUCGUCAAGGAUAUAGAUUACUUGAACCGCCUCAUUACCGUCGUCGACCCACCCUUCGUCAACCAGUCGUGCCCUCAGCCGUACCAAAACACCAGCCUCGACAUCUCGCUGUACAGCUACAGCGACCGGGACGUGAACGUCACGGUGUUCGUCAACUGCACCGCCCUCUCACCUCCGAUUCCCGAGGUGCAUGACAUGGGUUGCGCACCGGGCGGCGCCGGGGGUCGUCACGGGUAUUACCAGCUUACCAGUGAGAACCACAUAGAGAUCCUUGGAAACUGCAGCUCGAUGGUAGUGGUGCCCAUACACCAAGCAGCGGCGGUCGAGAUCGGGUACGGGAAGCGGAGCUUUAGCGACGCAGUGAAGGGGGGGUUCUCGCUACGUUGGGAGGCAGGGGAGGGGUGGUGUCGUGACUGCGUCGAGUCAGGUGGGCGCUGCGGCUUCGACGUGCUCUCUCCGGAGAGCCACACCUGCUUCUGCCCACAUAAUUCAACCCUCGGAACAUGUUCAGGUAUGCGUUCGGAAACCUCUGCUUGGGUAUAAUUCUAGUAUUACAUGACGUUUCAUGUCUUUAUUUCAGCUUCGGAAUUGGGAAAUCAGAUUAGGUUUGAUGACAUUUUGAAGCUCAAACUUUGAGCUUUCAGAUUCGAGAUAGAUAGACAGUAUAAAUCCGACAAACACAAACAUUCAAAAAUAAUAAUAUAUUUAAUAUAUGAAACAUGUGUUCAAGUCUUAUUUUAGAUAACUUGAAUGCGAUUAUUUCUUUACACUGUUAUUUACAUCUUGCUCGAUCAAGGUUUUAAUUCUCAAGAAAACUGUCUUCUUCCCAAGCUGCAGUUGCUAUUGUAGCUCAUCCCAAGAUUAAAAAGAUAACGGGGAUCACAAUAGGGAGUGUCAUUGGAGGCAUAUCCUUGCUGUGCUUAUUCCUUCGUGUGAUCUACGCCCUACGUUUUAGAAAGUCGCCAGAUGUUGAAGCUUUUGACCGUCAAAAUUGCUGUAUUCCAUGUCGGAGGCGGUCCUGUC